ACAAUUAGUAAAAUAAAUGAAACGAAAAUAUAAUAAGGAGUUGAGAUGGGAAAGUGUAUGAACCUUUGAUGCAGUUGGACAACGAAAAGGAAAAGAAGGAGGUGAUUAAACUUACUUGAAUCGGUGGUUGAUGAAUUGAAAGCAUCGCAUAUUGUUGUUGUUGUUGAUUGUAGCCGAGAUAAGAUCAGAAGAGCGAGCGAGGGCUCGUUGGUUGGAGCAGUGGAUCUGAUGCGAUGGUUGUUGAUUUGAUUGAGAAGUAACUGAGUGGAAGAAGAAGAAGAAGAAGUGAAUUGAAUUGAGACAGAGAUGGGUUGGGUAAGGGGAAUGUUGGAAGGGGCGUCGGUGGUGGGAUGCUUGUGCUUGCUGGGUUGGGCGGGUCUCUGGUUCUUGAACCGUCGUCUCUACAAAGAGUACGAAGAGAAACGUGUCCUCGUUCAAAUCAUCUUCAGCGUCGUUUUCGCCUUCUCCUGCAAUCUUCUCCAGCUCGUUCUCUUCGAAAUCAUUCCCAUUCUCUCCAAAGAGGCAAGAGUGGUGAACUGGAAGGUGGACUUGUUCUGCUUGAUUCUGUUGCUCGUUUUCCUCCUCCCUUAUUACCACUGUUACUUGAUGCUCAAAAACAGCGGCAUCAGAACCGAGAGGGCUGCUCUUGGUGCAAUUCUCUUCUUGCUUGCUUUUCUCUAUGCCUUUUGGCGCAUGGGCAUUCACUUUCCAAUGCCCUCCCCUGAUAAAGGUUUCUUCACCAUGCCUCAACUGGUGAGUAGAAUUGGGGUCAUUGGUGUUACUGUCAUGGCUGUCCUGUCCGGUUUUGGGGCAGUAAACCUCCCGUACAGUUAUUUAUCACUUUUCAUCAGGGAGAUUGAGGAAACUGAAAUCAAGGCCUUGGAGAGACAGCUAAUGCAAUCGAUUGAGACUUGCAUAUCAAAGAAAAAGAAAAUUAUUCUUUGCCAGAUGGAGAUGGAGCACAAGCAAGGAUCUGAAGAGAAGUUAAAUGCUAGGUCUCUAAUUAAACGAAUUGUUGGUACGGUUGUUCGAUCCGUGCAUGAGGAUCAAAAAGAGCAAGAUAUUAAAGGCUUGGAAGCAGAAGUUCUGGCCUUAGAAGAGCUUUCAAAGCAAUUGUUCUUGGAAAUCUAUGAGCUUCGUCAAGCAAAGGAAGCUGCUGCUUAUUCUCGAACUUGGAGAGGACACAUGCAGAAUCUGCUUGGCUACGCUUGUUCUGUAUAUUGUGUGUAUAAAAUGAUCAAGUCAUUGCAAAGUGUUGUUUUCAAACAGGAUGGUUCAGUUGAUCCUGUGACAAGGAUAAUAAGUAUAUUCCUUCAGUUCUUUGAUAUAGGAAUAAAUGCAGCCUUAUUAUCACAGUACAUUUCCUUGCUAUUCAUCGGAAUGCUGGUUGUGAUAUCAGUGCGUGGAUUCUUAACAAAUCUGAUGAAGUUCUUUUUUGCUGUUUCAAGAGUUGGAAGUGGAUCUUCAAGCAAUGUAGUUCUGUUUUUGUCUGAGAUAAUGGGAAUGUAUUUUGUAUCUUCUAUUCUUUUAAUCAGGAAAAGCUUAGCAACUGAAUACAGGAUUAUUAUAACUGAGGUGUUGGGUGGUGAUAUUCAGUUUGACUUUUAUCACCGAUGGUUUGAUGCAAUUUUUGUGGCUAGUGCAUUCCUUUCACUGCUUUUACUUUCUGCGCAUUAUACAUCUCGCCAAAUUGACAAACAUCCAAUUGAUUAACAAGAAACACACCCGCUAGAUGCAUGUAUAGUUCCUAAUGCCACGGAAGGUUUGAUACCAGGCUAGUGAACAUUAAUGUUUAAAUCUUCCAGAUGGAUGCAUUUGAAUUUAUUUGAUAGCUGAUAGAGGUCUUUCAUUAUUUUUAUGUGCCAUUGAAUAGCUGAUUAGAACAUCUGAUGCUGGAGCAAAUCACCAGUGAAGGGGUUGAUAUCGUUAUAGUUAUAUCAAUAGAUGCACAUGCUGCUAAAUCUUUUAGAAUACCCAUUUUUUGGAUGAUUUUCUAUCGAAAGUGGACUUUUCUGAACAGAAAUAUUGUUGGGCAAUAUCUUCAAUGUAUAUUUGCUUAUGCGUUGUUAAGCAUAGAAUGAAUUGGAUGUGGAUAGUUUUGGCCCUUGGGAUCGGUACCAUGGACCUAAAGAAGAGUUGCAUAGUUAUAGAUAAUUGGUAAUUUUGGAUUAUCGGGGGUUGAAAUUUCCACUCAAAUACAUUGGCAGUUCGUCUUGAAUUUUUUUUCUUUUAUGAUGUUGGUAUAUUUCUUCUCCAACUUCUUAAGCGAGAUUACUUAAAAGUAUAUGCAUAUUAUUCUAGAUCAUCAGGUACUCAUUGGAGUGUCUAGACUUUUUUCACAUGUAAUUGGUAAUAUGAAGUCAUCUUGCGGUAAUGUGUCCAGCAAGAAAAAGAAUGAUAAGUUGUUUUGUGUUAUCAUCC